AUGCUAGGACAUCCUGAAUAUUCAAAGUUCAGUUCGCAGCAACUUGUCGCUAGUGGAUGCUAUAUCCCCAUCUACUACACUACACCAUCACAAUAUAUCGCUACACAGAUCACAUUCAACACCAGCCUCACUCUAACAUUUACGUCUUUCGACUACAUCGACUACUCAAAACAAAUGCCCAGGGGACCCAACUGGCUCAGCGAAGAAGAUGCCCAACUUGCUAGGA